AUGGAAUCCGUUGUUUGUUUCCUUUGCACAGAUAACACUUCCAAAUCCAAUGAUGACUUCUAUGACGUUUUAUCCGCAAUUGUACCAUAUUCACAGAAGCCCCUACAUGUCGUCCUCCAGCAUUUGGCGAAUUGCUUAAAAUACAAAUUGAUUUUCCAAAGUGGGACAUACAUUUGUGGUGAUUGUUUCAGAGAACUUGCUAGUUAUGAUGACCUAAUGUUGAAUCUGUUGAACUCCCAACGGCGCCUGACUAGCCAGUUGCACUACGCUCUGGCGGAGAAGGGUGUCCAAGAACAACUUGCAAAUGAGGAACCUAUACAAAUUGAACUGGAGUUUGAAGGAGCUGAUCAAACCUUAGAGGAUGCAUUUAACCCAAAUCUUGACACAAAAGAAGAACUGAUCGAAGUGGAUGACGAUGUUAUCGAAGAAGUUGUGGACGAUUCAACUGGUGGAUUUUGUAACAGCAGUGGGCAAACGAACUUUCAUAUAGUUGAGGUGACUAGUACUGGGGGAGAGCGGAAACGUAAUCAACAGGACUGUCCUAUGUGUGGAGCUAUUUUUACUUCAAAAUAUUUGUUGCAAAGUCACAUAAAUGAGAUUCACAGUGGAAAACAAUUCACUUGCAAAAUAUGUGGUGUGACGAGGAAAGAUGAGGAAUACUUAGAACUUCAUAUGAACAUUCACGAAGGCAAGACCGAGAAUGAAUGUCGAUAUUGUCCCAAAAAGUUCUCACGUCCCGUAAACACAUUACGACAUAUGCGUGUUCAUUGGGAUAAGAAAAAGUUCCAAUGUGAAAAGUGUGGGGAGCGAUUUUCCUUGGACAACAUGCUGUACAAUCACCGACUGCGCCACGAAGCAGAAGAUAAUCCAGUAAUUUGUAGUAUAUGUAAUCAGUCUUUCAAAUCUCGUAAGACAUACAACCAUCAUAUAAUAAUCCACCAAGAAAAUCGGCCGCGACAUCAAUGUACCCUCUGUCCAAAAUCUUUCACUGAGCGUUACACUCUGAAAAUGCAUCUCAAAAAUCACAACGAUCGUCAAAGUCCCACAAGUACUGUCGAAAUAAAACAAUCUCCAUCACUAAAAGACCCCAAAGAGGAAACAGAGGAAGCUAUUAAUUUACUAGUAUCCGCCGAAAAUGUAAAUAAUUCUUGUGUCGUUUUUGAAAAGAAAUACGAUGAAAAAGUUGUCGUAGAUCACCAUUUAAAUACAGUUAAUGAUGUUAUUUUAAAAUCGUAA